CAACAGUGAGCAUUGUGAAUGUGAAUGUGGUGGAGUUUAAGGUUAUGUACAUGUUUAUUUUCUGUUCUGUAGCUUCUUUCUCAGGUCUAACGUAAAAUGGAAGUUGAUUUACCGAGCUGUGUUCAGGCCCGACUUAAGUCGGAUACCGGCGAAGAGACAGGCAGUCCAUUAGAUCUGCCAUUAAAUAUUACAAGAGAUCAACUGCAGCUAAUAUGUAAUGCACUCUUACAAGAAGAAGACAAGCCAUUCCUAUUUUUCGUUAAAGAUGUUGAAAUUACAAACAGUUUGAAGGAUGCACUUGAUAUAAAAAAUUUGAACUCUGAAGAAGUUGUUGAAAUCAUAUACCAGCAGCAAGCUGUGUUCAGAGUAAGACCAGUUACCAGAUGUACCAGCUCAAUACCCGGCCAUGCAGAAGCAGUAAUAUCAACAAGUUUCAGUCCAUCAGGCAAGCAGCUAGCCAGUGGUUCAGGAGACACCACUGUAAGAUUCUGGGACAUUGCCACCCAAACACCAUUACAUGUGUGUAAAGGUCAUGCCAAUUGGGUUCUUUGUAUAAGUUGGUCCCCUGAUGGUUUAAAAUUAGCUUCUGCCUGCAAACAAGGUCGGGUGAUAAUUUGGGACCCAAAGACCGGAAAUCAGGUUGGAAAAACUAUGGUAGGACACAAGCAAUGGAUCACUGCACUUGCAUGGGAACCUUAUCAUAAAAAUCCAGAUUGCAGAAAACUGGCCAGUUCCUCUAAGGAUGGGGAUGUAAGAAUAUGGGAUACAGUAACAGGUCUCACAGUGUUAAGUCUGACAGGACAUGCGAAAGCAGUAACAUCUGUUAAGUGGGGUGGUAAUGGGUUGAUCUAUACAUCUUCUCAAGAUAGGACAAUAAAGGUAUGGAGAGCUGAUGAUGGAGUGCUCUGCAGAACAUUGGAAGGACAUGCCCAUUGGGUAAAUACAUUAGCUCUUAGUACAGACUAUGUUUUACGAACUGGACCUUUCCAUCCAAUUACUGACCAACAAUCGGCCGUUAGUGACAAGAGUAUAUUACAACAACGAGCCCUCGAAAGGUAUGAAGCAGUAUGUGGAAAGAGUGAGGAACGUCUAGUAUCUGGAUCAGACGAUUUCACGUUGUUCCUCUGGCUACCUGAAAAAGAAAAAAAGCCACUUGCUCGAAUGACAGGCCAUCAACAACUCAUUAAUGAUGUAAAAUUUUCCCCAGACACAAGAAUUAUAGCAUCAGCUUCAUUUGACAAAUCAGUGAAACUGUGGGAUGCGGCCACUGGCAAGUUCAUAACAACCCUUAGAGGACAUGUGCAAGCAGUUUAUAUGGUGGCAUGGUCAGCAGAUUCAAGACUUCUUUUGAGCUCCAGUGCAGAUUCCACUUUGAAAGUUUGGAAUAUGAAAAUAAAAAAAUUGGAAUUGGAUCUCCCCGGGCAUGCUGAUGAGGUAUAUGCUGUAGACUGGUCACCUGACGGAGCAUAUGUGGCAUCAGGGGGAAAAGACAAAGUAUUAAAAUUAUGGCAACAUUAAAUGAAAACAGUUCAACAUCUUUACAUGGAAAUACAACUUUAUUGUAAUAAUAAUAAACCUGUUACAUACAAUAUUUUUGUAAAAAUAAAUAAAUGAGUUUCACUUAAUUUUAAUGCUCUUUUUAACAUUGGCUUUUAUUCCUGAUGCUUCCCCAGCAUAUCUUGUAAUCUCUGUCCUGGGUUCACGUACGGCUCCCUUCCUCCUUAUCUUAGCCUUCCUAUAUUUAAGCUUAUGUUUAACUCUAGGGUUUCUUUGAUCUUUCUUUCUAUGAGGUGUUAAGCCUUUGUUUUUAGCAAUUUGAUAUGUAAUUUCACGUUUUUCCCCAACAUCUUCGGGUACUAUAUCUUGUGAUGAGGUAGAAGGUUUAUUGUCUUCAGUCUCAAUUUCAUUAGGAGAAACAUCAUUGUCAGAGAAUCCACUCUCUUCAGAUUCAUCAUUGUUUCUUUGAACAUCAAUAUCUUGGUUGGUUUUUAAUAAAUCAUUUCCUUCAUAUUGAUCUUCAUCAUCAGAAACACCAGUAUCUUCACCUUCAUCCUUUUCAAUUGCAUUUAGAAGUUUCAAUUUCUUGGGUUUAGACUCUGGAGAUGCUCUUCCUGAUUUACGUUUCUUGUCAUUCUUUUGGUUCCUUAUUUCAGUUACAUGCAACUCCAAGUUAUUUCUGACAGCAAGUAAUAUUCUGUCUAUUUGAGGUUUUAUAACUUCCAAAUAAAUUGGUUCCAUUUUAUUUAACAUUUGUCUAUACUGGUAUAACCUUUUUAUUACAGGAUGAUUCUGAAUAUUAAUUCUUUGACUUUUAAGUAGUAAAUAGAAACUUAUAUUAGUACAGUAAUUUAAAAUGAGGUCAUAAUUAGUUUUGACAAAUUUUGAGGCGGGACAAGUGGGAAGCUUGCCGUCUUUGACAAGUUCCAGAAGGGGAUGUAAAUCAUCCUUUGCAACUGUUAAUUUAGAUUUGAAAUCAUCAAUAAGACCCGCAAAUUCAGGACUUUCUUUCUCAAGUAGCUGUAACUUUUGCCUUUUUGACAUUUGACUUAAAUCACUUUUUAUCACAGUUUGUUUUUCUUCAACAUCAGUGACCUGCUUUGUUAAAAAGUCUAGUUUAAAAUCUUCUUCUCCAAGCUGUUCUAAGAGUCUUUUUUGAAUAUCUUUCGCUUCUUUUUCUUCCAUAAGAGCUAUUUCUUCAUCAUUACCAAAACCUCCAUAGUCCUCAUCAACAUAAUCAGUUGCAUAAUAUGAUCUUUUCUUUUUGCCCCAAGCUUUUGAAUCAGGUAAAUCAUCAUCAGAUUGUUCUUGUCCUUCUACAUCACUAUCUGCUAUUCCUAAAUCAUCCUUUUCAUUGUCAGAGUCACCAGAUUCAGAAAAAGCAUACAUUUCUUCUUCACUCUCUGAGUCAUCAUGUUUUCUCUUUCGCACCUUCUCCAGUAAUCUUCUCUCUUUAGGUGUAUAUUCAUCUUCUGAAUCGGAAGGUUCAUAGUUACCCUUCAUGUCAAAAUUAGACUUGACCCUGUAAUAAAACAAAAUAGACAUUUAAAGUUAAAGGCUUAAAAAUAAUCAUUUGAAUAUGUACUGAGCAUUGAAUUACUUCACAGCUGGUGACAAACCUACAGUCAAUGAGAUACCACCAAGUCUUGUUGCCAGCAAAUAUAAAGAAUUUUAUUGAUCUACAGGUGACGGUCAGAAGUUAUAUUCAGUGAAUCCCUAGUUGAAAAACAUUAAUGCAGAUUAAUAAAUGUGAAAACGGAUAACUGGGACGAUUGCCAUCUUUGAUUUCAAUGACAAGCAGCAAGGCAUUAAAUACCACAUUGUGUCGUGACAAUAUACUUAGAUAUAAUUUAUAUGACAAAUGUUUAAAACUUAUUUGUAUGGUUUUAAAUGACAGUAAAUAAUAACUUACUUGAUUUUAUCUGCCAUUAUUCCUGUAGAUGUUGGUUGAGAGCAUAGAAAUGAAUUGUAGAAGAGCCGUAAGGUUAGUCCAUUCCUUAGGAUCGUGUUUUAUCCUAAGCUUUAUAUGAUGUGCAGACAACGAAGCGAGUUAAAAAGCAAUGGAAAUAUAAACAAAAUUUAGUUUUUCAGUAGGUAGAGAAUAAAAUUAUUUAUUUUAAUCCGUGCCUCGUUGUUACAAUGCACAAAUGUA